UGGAAAGCCUUGUGAUUCCAAAGCAGCCAAAGAGUUGGGUACGUGUCACAGUGAUUGUGAGAAGAGCUUUCACUGCUCCUGGUCCAUGUGGACAGAAAUGGGUGCAUGCUCACGCACCUGUGGGACCGGCACUCUCAUGCGGCAGCGUGAACUUGUUUUGAGCAAGGAGAAACCAUACGAGGAUCAACUCUUCUUCACAACGACUGUCGACAGCUCGUGCAGUGGCAGCCAAGUCACAACGGAGGUGUGCCAUGGGCCAAGUUGCCUUGGAUGUGAACCGCAGGAUUGUGCCUUCAAUGAGUGGUCGGAGUGGUCAGCGCCAACGUGCACGCAGCUGUGUGAGCGACAUCGUACGGUGCAGCAGGACAGCAGUUGCGGUGGCAAGCUGUGCAGCGGUUCUCUCUUGGAGACCAAGAGGUGUGAAAGAACUUGCAAUGACCCUGUGGAUUGCGUCUUCGGCGAAUGGGGUGAGUGGAUGGGCGAAUGCCUGAGCCCAACCGAUCAGAGGUAUCAGCAUCGCAGCAUUGAGAAGCCUGCAAUGAACGGUGGUGAACAGUGCCAUGGUGCAACGAAGAACACUCAGCCCUGUGGAGGCGACAUUCAACAAUGCGAGUUGAGCGUAUGGGGCUCAUGGUCUGUGUGUACUGCCAGCUGUGACGGCGGUGUGAUGACAAG